GGGGGGGUAACAGGCCUGAAUCCUUCUUCAACCUUCUAGUUUCUGGAGGGGCACCUUCAACCUGGUCCGCGGUGCACUGGCAGUGGCUCCAUUUGUUAAAAGAAAAAAAAGAAGAAGUAGAAAUAACACUUUGACAUAGACACAAUGUCCUUCCUGACUGUCAGCAGGCUAGCGCCUAAACUUCUCAAUUCAAAGAAUGCCACAUACUUAUUUGUGGCAGCUAGGAAUGCCACUGCAUCAACAACAAAUCUGAAGGAUGUGUUGGCAGACCUCAUCCCGAAAGAACAGACCAGGAUUAAGAACUUUAAACAACAGUAUGGCAAAACAAACAUAGGUCAGAUUACUGUUGACAUGGUCUAUGGUGGGAUGAGAGGGAUGAAGGGUCUGGUAUAUGAAACAUCUGUGUUGGAUCCAGAUGAGGGCAUCCGUUUCAGAGGCUACAGCAUUCCAGAGUGUCAAAAGUUGCUGCCUAAAGCUCCAGGAGGCGAGGAGCCACUGCCUGAAGGCCUCUUUUGGCUGCUGGUAACAGGACAAAUCCCAACGGAGGAGCAGGUAAACUGGGUGUCUAAAGAGUGGGCCAAGAGAGCAGCACUCCCUUCUCACGUUGUCACCAUGUUGGAUAACUUCCCCACGAACCUGCACCCCAUGUCUCAGUUCAGUGCUGCCGUCACGGCUCUGAACAGUGAGAGCAGCUUUGCCCGGGCGUACUCUGAGGGAGUGCACAAGUCCAAGUACUGGGAGUUUGUCUAUGAAGACUCUAUGGACUUGAUUGCCAAGCUGCCCUGUAUCGCUGCGAAGAUCUACCGCAACCUUUACCGCGAAGGCAGCAGCAUCGGCGCCAUCGACUCCAACCUGGACUGGUCCCAUAAUUUCACCAACAUGCUGGGCUACAGUGACGCCCAGUUCACCGAGCUAAUGAGGCUCUACCUCACCAUCCACAGUGAUCAUGAAGGAGGCAACGUCAGCGCCCACACCAGCCACCUAGUAGGGAGCGCCCUGUCUGAUCCCUAUCUGUCCUUCAGCGCAGCUAUGAACGGUCUGGCCGGUCCGCUCCACGGCCUGGCCAAUCAGGAAGUGCUGGUGUGGCUGACGGCCCUGCAGAAGGAGCUCGGAGGAGAAGUAUCUGAUGAGAGGAUGAGGGAUUAUAUCUGGAACACACUCAAGUCUGGAAGGGUGGUUCCAGGCUACGGCCAUGCUGUCCUAAGAAAGACUGACCCGCGUUACACCUGCCAGCGCGAGUUUGCCCUGAAGCAUCUGCCCAAUGACCCCAUGUUUAAGAUGGUGGCCCAGCUUUACAAAAUUGUACCCAAUGUGCUGCUGGAGCAGGGGAAAGCCAAGAACCCCUGGCCCAACGUAGACGCUCACAGCGGAGUCCUUCUGCAGUACUACGGGAUGACGGAGAUGAACUACUACACCGUCCUCUUCGGUGUAUCCCGUGCUCUCGGCGUCCUCGCCCAGCUGGUGUGGAGCAGAGCCCUCGGCUUCCCCUUGGAGCGCCCCAAGUCCAUGAGCACAGAUGGACUGAUGACUCUGGUCGGAACCAAAUCGGGCUGAAGCGACACCUCAGAGGAGCUGGAGGUUGGCAGGAAGAGUGAGACCAGGCGGAAACAUCGAAAGGCAGACACCAGUUGACCCCUUUUGUCAUUUCUAACCCCAGGGAUUUAUUGGGAUUCAAAGAGACAGUACGCUUUUAAUGGUAUUUCGCUAAAGAAGGGCCUUGUAAAUUGUCACACCGGUAGUGUUGAACUGCGUUUCGUUAACCACUGACAAGUUUCCCCCAUCAUGUUUGCAUGUUUGGAACUUGAGAGCAACAAACUUCAGACAUGCACAUAUGUAACCUUGAGUGGGCUCAAACUAUUUUUUCAGCCCAAGUCUGCAAGCAUCUGUAAGAUUUCCCCCUGAGCGCUGCCUGCAUGGUUCACAUUGAGCACUAGGUCUGAACUUUGAAUAGGCAGUGGCAUGCAAAGGGAAUUGUGGGAGUGAACCGCACUUCCUGGAUAUUUUGUUAAGAUUUUCUUAACUUUAAAUUCUUUUUGUCUUUUAAAAACACACAUCAAAUAGCAAUGUUUUUGUUCUAUGCAAUCUUAUUUUCCCUUUACGUGUAAUUGGUGUGUUUCACUCCCACAUAUGAACACUCCAGUUUAACAUAAAUUAAUGAAAAGGUCCUAAGCAGUAACCAAUAUGUAAUCUAUUGAAGAUGUUUAAUUGUGUAAGAAUCAGUUAAAAGAUACUGCCCCUUUAAAUCUUUGAUCACCCCUGUUUUCUCCUGCUUGUAUUUUUUUUCCUCUUUUAAAUAAAUGACCUCAGUUACCUCUAUGAUCAAAAUGCCUGUCUGCAUAGAAACAUCUUUGUUUUUCCUUUUUAAUAUUUCAGCUUUUAAUGAAUUUCAACUGAAGGCGUCUUAAGAUGAAUGUACGCAAACAGUACAACAAAAAAAACAAUUUGACUAAAAACAGUGUUGUAGUUGCCUGUAAUAAAUCCUUAAGAGCAAGCUUGGGAUGAUAGGCUUUAUAGUUGUCUUUAACCACCAUAGAGUAUUUAAAGACAAGGAGAGCGCUUUGACAUCGACUACCCCAAAUAAACGAGCACUUGCUUGAUUGGGUUCCCGAAUUUGUAGCUGUAGAACCUUUUAUCCGGGUUGAUUGUGUACCUUUUGUGUUGAGUAAGUAAUCUUCACGUUCUCAUUGUGUGGUUUUAUUUAUACGUUGUGUACAUAGGUAUAUAUAUGUAUAGCUUGAAUGUAUGAGCUCCAUGCGAUCACCUGCUUGUUAUAACCACAAUGAGUUCCACAGAUUUAUUAAUGAUGUAAUAAUAGCGACCGGUUCCACUGGCCACCGUCUCAUUCUGACAAUGAACAAAAAAAGAAAAACUGCAGCUAUCUUGUAAAUACAGUUUCUUGCUUAGCUGGUGCUGGUUUUUUUUUUUUUUUUUUUUUUCCUCUCUCUCUUUUUUUUUAAGUUUCAAGCUUGCUCUUAAGUUCUGGGUUUGUCAACACUCCAUGUUUGUGAAGUUUCUGUUCCUGCAUAUAUUUUUCUUUUUCCCCUAAAAGCUUUCACACAGGAUUUAGUACCAUCAGGCUUAAUCAGACGUCUUGUUUUUUUUUUUUUUUGGUUUUUUUUUUUCGUGUUCUUCCAUGGUAUUGGCUGGUUGUUGAGAUGUGGUUAUUUUGAUCGUAGAGGGUUGCUAAGGUUGUACGUAACUGGGCAAAGUGAUCAUUUUGUUGGAGCGAUGCUUUAGGGGAUUGAGCCAAACGGGUCAAAAUGGGCAAAACAAUAAGCAUAAAAAGCAAUUGAUGAAAAAGUUAACAAAAAAUGAAAAAUAAAGGUUUUUAUUAACUUU